AAAAAUUGAGAGUUUCCAUCUCUAGAGUUUUCUCUAUACUUGUGAGUUUGAGUGAAUGCGAGCUAGGCUGACUUAGUGCUCUAACGAGACUUGAGUGCUAAGUGCCGCACAACAAAGAGUUGGUCCGUGACAAGUGGUAUCAGAGCUAGGUCGUGACUCAUCAAGUGAGAAAGAACCUCGAUGAGAUGACUUAUGGAUCCGUUUAUGGUGACGAGCGUAUGAUCAAGGCCCAGAGGGACACGUCUCUAUUUCAUGACUUUGUGGAUAGGUGGGCCGAGUCAUUGAAGGAGACGUUGAGGACCAAGCUGGCUUGCGUGCACGAAGAGGUUGUGGGGCUCAAGGGGGAGAUGAGUCUCCUAAAGAGGCAUGCAAAGAGUUUGUUGCAUCCAUGGCACAACCUAGCAAUGUAUGGAGUUUUCAUGGCCAACAUAAGAGUUUGGUGCAUCCGGGGCAUAUGCUUUGCAAUCUAAGGAGCAAGAGGCAUCCGAAAGCGAUGUUGUGUCAUAAGAGUUUGGUGCGUAUGAAAACAAAAGUGUUAGGAGCUAUGAGAAACACUCCCUUAUGGACGAGAUCACAUGUGGUUACGGAGGUAAGCGAAGAUGGUUAGUUCCUUCACCUUGCUUCUUUUGUGAUGAGACACAUCGUGUGUGUGAUUGUGUGAUGAGGAGGGAUUUUUCCUCCAUGUUCAUAGCCAAUUAUUCGGCAAGUGAAGAGGAGGCUCCAAGUGUGGAGAGCCAGCCUCCCGAGUUGGACAGCCUAAAGGUGACGGGCUCAUCAAAGUGAGAGGAAGGAACUCUUUAUACCGAUUUGGGUCUAAGCUUCACAAAGGCGAGACUAUACAAAGGGAGGACGAAAUACUUGGUAUGGAACAAGGCUCAAAAAGAUCUUCUCAACACGAAUGCAGCGUUGAAGCUUGGCAUUCCGCACGAGAAGAAGAUAGGAAAGAGGCGGGUGGUGCCACUAAUUUGUCAUCCCUUAGUCAACCCCUUUAGCCUUGUGACUUCGAGGGUCGUUCUUAAGUUAUGAGCUUCUUCCUUGUGACCUUAAUGGUGUUAAUAGAACGAGCCCCAAUCCGUUCUUCGUGUCUAAACAUUAGUCGUCCUUGUGUCCCGGAACUCUCACUCUUGAGUUCCAUAGAGGUUUGUGUGCGGUUCUUGCUUGGAAUGAAAAAUGAAGUGUAGU